AUGCAUCACACUGAACCAAAGACCAAGGAAUGCGGAUACUUGUAUCUUACCAUCACUGCUUUAUUAAUCGCGGUGUUCUCUGCUGGCCUAACAUUAAUGAUUGCCAGUUAUAUGUACCAUGGAAGUUAUGAGCCAUUUGAGUUGCCCAGUGAGGUAACGACAUCGAAUGUAAAACGAUUGAUUGUUGGUCACAAGAGGGUCAUCCUUUUCAAAAUUGAUGCCAAAAAUCGUUGCUACAUUCUCCCAUCUAGGAUGUCCAAAGAAAUCGCGUUUUCCAAGUUUUCAUUUGUCAAUUCACCACUAUCCCGUGAAUUACUUCUGGAUGUUGCUGAUAACGAAGGAGUUGAGUUUUGUGGGAAGACACCUGCAUUUGUUCUGGAGAAGUCGUCGUCACCAAGACAUUAG